ACUUUGUUCUUUAUUUUUUUACAAAAAAAUAAUGGUAGGGAAUGAAAAUGAAAAAUUAUUCUUUAUGAAUGAUGAUUUUUUUUAGAAAUGUUAUGGAAUGCAUUAUUCCUCGUCGUUCCUUGGUCACCAUUCAUACCUUAAUUUUUUAUUCCAGGCUAGUAAUAGGAAAUAUAUUUUGGUUGAAACUGGUAAUAUUUUUCUUUGGAUUCUUUGGAGGAUAUGGAAGAAUAGAAAUGCUCUGAUUUUUGAUGAUUUUUGAAGGAAGAGUGUUUGAAACUCAGGAGCUGGUAAAGAAAGCUUUCUCUGACAUGGAGGAAUGGUCCCAAGCUCAAUGUUUGCUUGAUUCUAGGGUAUUUAAUAGAAAUAAAGUUGAGAUUUCUAGGACUGAUAGGGUUCCUCCUAAGAAAGGUUGGUUAAAAUGUGAUGUAGGAGUAGCAUGGAAUAGUCGCUCUAUGAUCAAUGGUGUGUCUUGGAUUUUGAGAAAUAAGAAGGGCGAGGUCUUAUUGCAUAGUAGAAGGUCUUUUGUGAAUGUGAAGUCUAGAGUUCAGGCCAAUGCGAAUGGAUGGUUAUGGGCGAUUGAUAGCUUGGUUAGUCUUUAGGCUAUCCAAGAUUGUUUUUGGAGUCGAGGCCUCAGAUCUCUUGGGAGCAGUUACUAGACCAGCAGACUGGCCAUCUUUCAAAUGGAUCUCAAACAAGAUCUUAGGUUUUCUUCAUUGUUUGGACUGUCGGAACUUGGAGGUUGUUAAUAUUAAUGUGAUCUUUCCGGCAAAUCUGAUGGCCAAUAGUAUCAUCUCCAUAAAUCUGUUUCAAUCAUAUGUGGCUAGAAGCUUUCCCUCUUGGUUAUCUUUUUUCUUUUUGGUUAGUGUUGCAGAGGUUCUAGCUUUUUUUUUUGUCUGUAUGAUUGUUAGAGAUUUGUGUGUGUUUUAAACUGGUUCGUUGUGAUGAUGUUUAUGGAACGAAAAUUUAGCUUUAAAAAAUAAGAAAAAAAAAAUUGAAAACAGAAAACAAAAAAAAGGGUGUAAGCCCAUGUGCAGCCCAUUAAGACAAACUUUCGUCGACUCAGAUGCCAAAACACGAUCUUGUAACUGGAACCAGGAGAGAGAAAAGCGAGAAUUCCGGUUUUAAGGAUCCCUAUUUACGCGCGCCAAGUGGGAAAAGAUACUUUUCAAUCUUUCUAUUCGAUUAUUCUCCUGAGGGUUUAAUCAUGAUUCUUUAGGUGAGAAUUUUGAUUCUGUAAUUUGAUCUCAUCUCUACUCUUCUCUAGGUUCCGAGCGUAACUGGCGAGAAUUUCAGAUUCGAUUGUGUUCAGUAUUCAAAAUCUGUUUGGUCAUGUGGUGAAUCUAUUUGCCAUCUUCAAAAGUCUGCUUAAUUUUUUUUUCUUUGGAGGACAACAAUGGAGACUUGUCCGUUUAGGUCAAUGAGUAGCCUCGCACUCACUUCUUCAGUACCAAACCCUUCAGUCAACGCAGACAUAUCCUUCAGUUCAGAACACAAUCAAUCCAUGGCAAGCCCCUAUCAUUUGCUCUCUGCUAAUGGUGGAGCAGUUGGUCACAAUAUAUAUUCAAAUGAUCUCCAUAACCACCCUUCCAUGGCUUCUCACAUUGGAAGCAGCAGUGACACACCUUUCAUCUCUGAGAUAUUAGAUUGGGAUCAUCCAGCUCCUAUCCCUGACCUUUUUGAUUUUCCUUUGGAUAUUCCCAUUCAAACCAAUCAAAUGGAUGACAUUCACAGACCAAGUGAGUUGGCAGAAUUGGAUGAAGAAUUGAUUACUGAUGAUGAGAAUCCAUUAAUGUCUGCUCUCUUGAACGAUCUUUUCCUUGACACAAGUUCCACCUCUGCUGCUUCCAAGGUCCAGGAACCAACUAUGCAAUCGCAGAUUCAACAACCCCAAGUUGUUCUGCACCAGACUUCUCCGAUUGUUAGGACUGUAUCCUCAAACAGUUUCACCAGUAAUAAUACAGCAGCAACUAAGGGACGUGUGCGUUGGACCCCAGAGCUUCAUGAAGCUUUUGUUGAGGCUGUUAACCAGCUUGGUGGCAUGGAAAACGCAAAACCUAAGGCGGUGCUGAAGCAUAUGAAAGUCCAAGGCCUGACUAUAUAUCAUGUCAAAAGUCACUUGCAGAAAUAUAGGACAGCUAGACAUGUACCAGAACCAUCAGAAGCAGGUUGGCGAGAGAAGAAGUUGACACCGGUUGAGCAUGUUACAUCUCUUGAUACGAAAAGGUUUGGUAACAUCACAGUUCACAAUGGGAUGUAUAUAAGUGAGGCGCUGAGAAUUCAGAUGGAAGUUCAGAAGCAACUGCAUGAGCAGCUGGAGAUUCAAAGGAAGAUGCAACUUCAGAUAGAGAAACAGGGAAAGGCACUUGUAAUGAUGAUUGAGAAGCAAAAUAUGGAGUUUGGCAAACCUGAACAAGAAGAAGAGGCAGGGGCAGAUUCUCGGAGAUCAAAGCGUCCCAAGGUUUCUCGGAAUGAUAGAUGAUAAUGAUGAUGAUGAUGAUAAAACUGAAAAUGGUGUUUUUUGGUGAAGCUUGUAGAGUUUUGACUUAUUAGAAGAAGACUAGGAGCUUUCUUUUUUCUUAUUAGGGAAACUAUUUUUUUCUUACUAUUUAUUUUUAUUCUUUCUGAUUA